AUACUUUUAUUGUGGAUGCGUCAUCGCUCUUCUCUAGUCUCUACUCCUUUCUCUUCCUCUCUCUUCCUCUUAUGGUGUGUGAAUCAUACAACCGUUGCUAGAAAUCUGAGAUUCUUCUUUCCCAUCUCUGGACCAAAUAACGUCAAAGGAGGAGGAUUGCUUAUGUUUAAGGCUGUGGAGAAGCCAUGUCGAUUUGCAGGACUCAAAUGGAGCGUUUUUCUAUUGAUAGUAUUGACUCUUUCAGGUUUAAAUCACAAGGUCUUGGAAGCUCGACACGCAAAAGAGGGAUCGGAAUAUACAAUCAGAUUUCAAGUACGGAAGAGAAGCUUUGGCGGUGAAAAAGAUGGAACCUCUUUCGCAAACGUUGAAAGAGAGGUGCCCUCUUCUCCUGAUCCCUUGCACAACAGGUGCUCCUCUCUCACAUGUUGCAGACUGAUAGCUGAGGUCCUUGCUUUGGCACCUAACAAGCCCAUGAAGAAGGAGGGAGGCAAGGGUAAGAUGGAGAGAUGGAAGAGAGAGAAGAUGGAAAGGCAUACAGAAUUGGAUUCCAUAGGUUUUGAGAUGAAUUGGAUUUCAAGAAAUUUGUCAGAAUCGAGAUUCUAA